UGGGCGAAAACCCGCAGACUUGCUACUCUGCAAAUCUCCCGAUUGCCCGCAAUUUCUUUGCCCUCGCAUUCUCUACUUAAGCAAGUGGGCCUAUGGCUACGCAAAGGACGCCAGCCCUACUUGUGCGGAAGGUGCAGUGCACUUCACCGAAUCGACCAGUUCGAAGGGGGAAGAAUUCCUGUCGAAGUGGUUGCUUGUACCCAAGACCUACACUUCCUCCUCGCUUCAAUAGUAUGCCCAUAGCCCGCCUUAUUACAACUUCUACUAGCCGCUCUCCAUCAAUAGCUCCUGUAGCGUCUGAAAGCCCAGUUUGGCUAUCGAGUAGUAAGGUCGAAAAGUAUGCGCGAAUAGAUAUAAAUCCUGUCACGCUCGAAGAACUCUUGCAGCUGGGGUGAAACGCACGACCUCCUAUCCAGCGCCAGGUUCGCACAUAAUGAGCUACCCAAGAGGAUGGCUCGGCGUGUGAAAGCUCUUCAGAAUUUGCCAUUCAUCGUAGGCGUCAAUCCCUGGAUUAAAAGUGUCUACAAAUGUAUCACGAUUCCCCUAGAGAAACUCCUCUCACUACCUGAGCCGGUCGAUCAAGAAACGCAGCAGAUUUUCACUGAGGAGCUUCGAAAAUUGGUGCAAGCCCAUCAAGAGGUUAUUCCCAAGCUAGCAAAAGGAUUCAAGGAAUGCAUCAAGUACAUGACCAGAGAUAGUGCAACAAAUUUCCUUGACAACAUGAUUCACGCUCGAAUCGGUAUUCGAGUCAUUGCUGAACACCAUCUGUCAUUAUAUACGCCCGCUGCCAAUUACAUCGGAGUGGUCAACACUCGUCUUUCACCAGCCUCACUCGUCACUUCCGUUGCCAAGUACGCUCAAGAACUUUGCGAAUUCAACUAUGGCUCGUCUCCAGAAUUCAACAUAAUCGGGCAUACCGACACUUUGAUGGCUUACAUAGGUGUGCACUUGGAGUAUAUUUUCAUGGAGCUGAUUAAGAAUGCAUUUCGAGCCACUGUGGAGUACUCGCAGAGGACUGGCAGAGCGGAUCAUCCUCCUGUGGAAAUUGCGAUCUGUAAAGGACCGGAAGAUGUCAUUAUCAGGAUUAGAGACCAAGGCGGCGGCAUCUCCAGUAAAGACCUCCCUCAUAUAUGGGAGUACAGUUACACUACUGUGCCCAAAUAUGACGAAGGUGAUGGAAUUUUCAGCACGCAGGCAAGGAUGGAAAUGCAAUCUGGGGUGGGAGGGCCAAUAGCUGGUUUGGGGUUUGGGCUACCGAUGUCUCGUAUCUAUGCCAAGUAUUUUGGCGGUUCGUUAGAGAUACGUUCCAUAAACGGGCACGGAUGCGAUGUUUUUCUUCGUGUACCCAACAUUCUCGGCCUGAGCACCCAUGUUAUCAAAGACUAGAACCACCUUAUGUAUGUUGUAAAUAUGUAUAAUGAAUGAUAUGGUACAGAUCAAUGCUUUAAAUGCGACUUGCUACGCGGUUCAAAGAGGAACAUAAGUUUAGCCGUCAAGAGUCCUGGAUAGCCUGUCUGGUUAUGACGGAGUGACC